CCUCCUACAUCUAAUUCUUACAUACAGUGAUUGUCACUUAGGAGUUCUUCAGCACUGUUAACAGGGCUAUGAAAGUUUUAUUUAUCUUUGCUUUGGUUGCUGUUCUUCAGGCCAGCCCUCUACACAUUCAAAAGAAACCAUUCUAUUUGGAUGCUGUAAAAGCUGACUGGGAAGAUUGCUUAAACUCUGAUGAUUUGGCUAAAGUACUCAGUGUAACACUUACACCUGAUCCACCAGCAAAAGGUCAAGACUUGAAAGUUGAUGCUGAAAUUGAAUUAUAUGAGGAAAUUGACAGUGGUAGUGUUGAAUUGAAAAUAACAUAUGGAAUAUUCAAUAUUCCUGUGAGAACAGUAACAUUUGAUCUGUGCACUGUUGCAGAGGAAGAUUGUCCCCUUAAAGAAAAAGUGUCAUUGUCCAUAUCAGAUGAAAUACCUGGUGCUAGUCCAUCGGGUAAUUAUAAGGGAAAGGCUGAAGUAACAGAUCAAAGUGGGAGGAAAUUAGUGUGCAUUGAGAUGAAGUUUCAGCUUUGAAAAUCUAACUGUGUGAUAUAAUGUACAAUAGCUAAACCUAGCUGUCUUGAUAUUUUCAUAACUGCUAUAAUUUUGAAAUGAA